GUCCAACGGAGUCAUCCAUCGCUCACUCUCGUCUUCUCCCCGAUCGGCUCCGGCCUGCGGCGCUCGCGUUCGUCAUCCCCUUCCGGCCUUCCCCCUCGCCGGCCGCGUGAUCCUCCUCUGCCGCGCGGACCCCCGCGGGCGCGACGAUGCACGACCCGUCGGAGAUCCGCAACCUCCCCAUCGACAUCGCCUUUGGCCGCCUCCAGGAGUGGCUCGUCGACCGCAAGCGAGUGCCGCACGACUGGCGGAAGCGCCUCGCCGGCAUUCGCGCCCGCGUCGCCUCCGCCUUCGCCGCCCUGCCGCGGGACCUGCACCCCUCGCUCCUCGCCCUCGACCCCGAAGAAAUUGGGUACCUUGAAGCGAGGAAGAUAUACGGAAUUCUUCUAGACUCCAACACCGAGACUCGCAACAUAUUUGGCCGCCUGACGGGAUCCGCGGGUGAAUGGGAGUCCAUUGUUAAAGCUUAUGACAAGGACCAUGUCUUCCUUGGAGAGGCAGCACAGAUCAUGGUUCAAAAUGUUAACUAUGACAUUCCAUAUCAGAGGAAGCAGAUGCAGAAGACUCAGCAGCAGCUUGCAGAGCUUGAUCGAAGGGAGGCUGACAUCAAGCGCCUUGCAGCAUUGUCAGCUACUAGAUAUGUAGAAGCUUGCCAGGAACUUGGCUUGCAGGGAAUAAAUGUGAGGGAAGAACUAAUAGAGUCUGCAAAAACACUUCCAUCUACUUUUAGCAAAAUCUUGGAGGCCCUGAACAGUGAUCCUGUCUCAAAUGCCAUGGAGUACUACACAACUUUUGUCAAGGAUUGCCAUACUGAGGACAUGGGAAAUUGUGUUUCUGUGCUACACAAGCUGAAAGAGUUGCAGGCCAAUCCCCCUUCUUUGCAUGUCUCAGUAUAUAAUGAGAUCAAAAGUUCUCUUGUUGAGGCACCGGAAUCUCAUGGACAAAUUGACUCAAAUGUUGCUGAUGAUGAUAUUGACUGGGACAUUUCUGUGGACGCUAAUGAAAUUGAUUGGGACAUUGGUGCUGUGGAACAGCCUGUCGAAGAAUCUGGCAAUGGUUUUGGAUCAUAUGAAAUUAUUGACGCUAAUAUAGAGCUGGCCGGUUCUGAAAAUUAUAAUGUUAGUGUCGCAGACAAAUCCUUGAACAAAGAUCUUGCAUCAUCUGAGUCUGGUAUUUGCUGGGACAUCACUGCUGAUAGUUCUGAAGAAAUUGCUAGUAUACAGAAUGCUCCAUCUGAAUUCGAGCAACCACAGUCUCAAAUGAUAACUGAAGAUAGAAGUCGGUUGUUGGAAAAGGAAUAUAGGAAUGACAUUCUGGAUGAUUUACUUGAGGUAAAAUCAUUUUUGACACAACGCUUAGGGGAGAUGAGGAAUGCAGAUACAUCAUCUCUACAGCAUCAAGUGCAAGCUGUCUCACCUUUUGUUCUCCAGCAGCAUGCUCCUGAUAGUUUGGAGAAUAUGCUUGUAGAGGUUUCUUCAGCAAUCUCAUUGCUAACUAAUCAGAAGACUCUUGACCUUAUAAUGAUCCUUAAUUCUAAAAGGUUUCUGGACAGAUUAGUGUCAACCUUAGAAGAGAAGAAGCAUCAUGAGGUUAAAUUACGGGAAGGUUUAGGUGAUUUAUCUGUUAAGCGUAUGGAGCUGCAAAACGCACUGUCAUCAUCAUGGCCAAAGCAAGAGGCAGCAAUUACAAAAACAAGGGAACUAAAGAAGCUGUGUGAGUCAACACUAUCGUCUGUUUUUGAUGGAAGGCCAGUGCAUAUAAUUGGAGAGAUCAACACUUUACUGAGCUCAAGUGUUAGUCAAUUAGCUGUAUGACUGUAUUUUUGUUCCUGGACCAAAUAAGAUUUGAGUUUGCAAAAUUAUCAUCUUAUGGUAUAUACUUCAGAAUAUUUAUGAUUUUCCUGCUCCUGUUGCUUUGCUGCUCGGAAGUGCAUAUGCCAUAUUAUAGCCCUCUCAGGACAAAUCAUAUGGACAAGUCAUAUUAUAGCCCUCUCAGGACAAAACGAAUGCAGUUGAGUGGUGAAGAAAGUAAUAUAUGGUUACCAAAGGCUUCAUUAUCAGUGAACAAUGAUCUAAUCAAUGUUUCGUAGAAGUUGACCGCCUUAGUCAGUGUUGUACUUUAUCCUGAUAUACAGGCAAGUUGAACAACGUAAUUAGCCAAUUAUAUGAUUCCUUGAA